AAACAAUCAAAGACAUCGCCGACGGUGCUACAGUUCGUUCCAGCAACCACCUACGCAUUCAAAUUCGAGUUCCCAGUCCCAGUCGCACCUCCGAUGGACAUGCAGGAUACACAGACUGACAGGACUGUCCGUGAUGCACUCAAGCAUGAGCUGCGCGACAAGCUGACCAAGGCCCCUUUACAUCACAGGGAAACUCACGGGUGUUCAGACGGCUUCCAUGAAGUGGACAGCAGCAGGCUUCCUCAAGCACGUUGUCAAGGCACACGAGGUCAUGCUUGAAGGAUGGGGUGAGGAUGUCCCAUUCGAGAACCUCAGCAACCUCCCGAAUGCAGUCGAGCGUAUCCGAGAUCUGCUUGAUCGCUUCGAGAAAGGCGAGCUGCGGUUCAUCAAGGUCAGCUAUGCAACGGUCCGCACGCUCACACCCGAGACCGCUUCGCCUGGCAAGUACGUACCACCACGGAAACGAGUGAUCCGGAAGGACUACAAAUGUCACCGGGUUGUGAGGCGGCGGCCUGGGCGCAUGCUGUCGGGGCCAAAGUCGGAUGAGUUUGUGUAUGACUCGGAUGACAUUGAGGAGUUUGAAGAUACUGCGCACCUCGGUGAUGGUCACGAUGAGAUACAGUAGAUCUAGC